AUGUUCUCGGAAAUACUUCUGAUCUCUGCUAUCAUUGGUACCGUUCAGGUUUCCAACGUCGAAUGCACCAAUGAAGUGAUCAAAGCUCGUGCUUACAUUUUCGAGGCGGUCAAAGGCGGUAACCCGAGCAAAACCAUCGGGAUUAUCGACCUCACUCAAAUUGGCACUUUAGUCAAGCUCAAUGGAACUGUAUCCGGGCUGAAGCCAGGAGUUCAUGGUUUUCAUGUACACGAAAAAGGAGACCUCGGUAAUGGUUGCAUAUCAGCUGGUGGUCACUUUAAUCCUCAUAAGAUGACGCACGGUGCCCCAGAUGACUCAAACCGCCAUGUCGGCGAUCUUGGAAAUGUUAUCACUUCGGAGCACGGCGAAACUGUGAUCAGCAUUUCUGAUUCUGUGGUUGCGUUGACUGGUCAGCACAACGUCAUCGGACGAGCUAUCGUCAUUCAUGCGGAUCCAGACGAUUUGGGUCGUGGAACAUCAGAACUCAGCAAAACAACUGGAAAUGCUGGAGCUCGUGUCGCUUGUGGAGUCAUCGGUAUCUCGGAUGAGGUGGAGGUAAUUCCGUCCACGGAGCCGUUGCCUUUGCUGAAUGUUUCCACAAUAGCGCAAGGUGCUGGCACCGGUGCUUCGGCUUCCUGUGGUCAAUUAAUUUCAAUUGUUUGGGUUUGGGCAUGGAGCGAAGGAAUCUAUGUUUGUGUGCACAGAGAGAAAAAAGCGCACGGACUCGUCAUGGUCACCUGCGUCGGCGAUUAUCUUCACGCCAACGCAUACGCAUCAUUGGUUGUGUAG